ACGUCACUGCUGGUGGCUGGCCCUGUCAGUCAGUGAGUCAGAGGCUGGGCUGGAUUUUCGCGCGAAAAACAGAAAGAGGCUUGUGAAAGAGACGGAGAAACGAGGCAACUCGCGCAGAUGUGGCCUGCGAUGAAAUAGGAUCUACCACAUAUUCUAUACAAGCCUUUACAAUGCAGAGCACAAUAAGAUCAUUCUUCCAGCCAGUAACACGGGCAAAGCCUGGAAAAGAAGUAGCAGAAAAACUUGAAGAAGAACCCACUCCCAAAAAGAAACCAGUAAACUCCGAAAAGCCAUUAAAUGGUACAGCACUCUGUGUAGACAUCCCAGAGAAUCCAGCAUCCAAAAAAGGUGAAGACAAUUCUGUGAAAUCAGAAGAAAAGGAUACUCAGUCUGAUGAGAGCAAGCAGGAAUCUGUCUGUGUUCCUGAGCAAAGUAAACCUGUUGAGAAAAUCUCCCCAAGUACCAGCCCAGCUGCAUCUAAUUCAACCUCACCAUCUAGCAUCCCACGACGCAAAACUGCUCGUAAGCAGGUCCCUAAACGUAAAGCAGAGGAAGAAGUUGACAGUCAUAAUAACUCUCAGGAGAUUCUUAGUGCCAAGAGGCAGAAAGGAGAUGAUGAUAGAGAUGGUUCACAUGGAGAGGCUGACGCAAGACCCAUGGAAGUGGAAGAAGUGAAGGUCAAGAAAGAAGAGGAUCCAAAAUCAGUAGAGUGUGAAGAAGAGACAGAAGCAGAGGAAGAGAAGACGCUUGCAUCCUCUAAGCUACCCAGCAAGGCCAUCUCUAGCUUUUUUGCCCCCAGGAAAACCUCUGUGAAAGCAGACAAAAAGCAGGAACCUGUCUCGGAAAAAAAUGUGACUCCAGCAAAGAGUCAAAAUGAAGGCAAAAAACAUGAGUCGAACAGUGUGGCUAAAGAUUCUCCAAAGCCCUCUCCCACACUUGAGCCUUCAGAGUACAACUCGGCAAAGAGCAACUAUCAUCCUAUCCAUGAUGCUUGUUGGGGUCCUGGUCAGAGAGUACCAUACCUGGCUGUGGCUCGUACCUUUGAGUGGAUUGAACAGGAGUCUGCCCGGUUGAAAAUUAUAGAAACUUUGAGCAAUCUCUUUCGCUCAGUGAUUGCCUUAUCUCCUGAAGACCUGCUGCCCUGUGUCUACCUUUGUUUGAAUCGGCUAGGCCCAGCAUACGAGGGUCUAGAACUGGGUAUUGGCAAAACCAUCCUCAUGAAAGCUUUGGCUCAGGCCACAGGUCGGCAGCUGGAUCAGAUCAAGGCAGAGGCAGCUGAGAAAGGAGAUCUGGGAUUAGUUGCUGAAAGCAGCCGUACCACACAAGGCACCAUGUUUGCCCCACCGAAGCUUGGUGCUGCUGCAGUUUUUGGCAAACUGCAAGCAAUUGGGCGCAUGAUGGGAAGCUCUGCCAUGAACAAGAAAAUCGAUAUAAUCAAGUCCUUGUUUGUUGCUUGUCGCCACUCAGAGGCUCGUUACAUUGCUCGAUCAUUGGAAGGGAAGCUGCGGAUUGGUUUAGCAGAACAAUCUGUCCUGUCAGCUCUGGCCCAGGCAGCAUCACUCACUCCUCCAGGACAAAAAUUUCCCACAGAAAUUCUGGAUGCUUCAAAAGGCAAAUCUGCAGAGGCCCGCAAAUCCUGGCUAGAUGAGAGAGCCUUGAUUGUUAAGCAAGCCUUCUGUGAGCUGCCAAAUUAUGACAUCAUUGUGCCUGUCCUCCUAGAGCACGGUGUGAAGAGCCUGCCUCUGCAUUGCAAAAUCACACCAGGAAUCCCCUUGAAGCCCAUGUUGGCUCAUCCAACAAAAGGAAUUGGAGAAGUAUUAAAGCGUUUUGAAGAAGCCGCUUUUACCUGUGAAUAUAAAUAUGAUGGGGAGCGAGCACAGAUCCACAUCCUGGAGAACGGAGAAGUGCAUAUCUACAGCCGGAACCAAGAGAAUAACACAACUAAAUAUCCUGAUAUUGUGAGCCGUAUCCCCAAGGUAAAAAAGAGCACUGUAGAGUCAUGUAUCUUGGAUGCAGAAGCUGUGGCCUGGGAUCCUGAUUCCAAACAGAUCCAGCCAUUCCAAGUGCUGACUACCCGGAAGCGUAAAGAUGUGGAUGCUGAAGAUAUCAGAGUGCAGGUCUGCGUAUAUGCAUUUGACAUGCUCUACCUCAAUGGCCAGUCUCUGGUACGAGAGCCCUUAUCCCAGCGCCGGACCCUACUGCGGGAUUCCUUCACUGAGGUUGAAGGUCAAUUCCUCUUUGCCACAUCCAUGGACACAAGUAACACAGACGAGAUAGCAGAGUUCCUGGAACGCUCCAUCAAAGACUCUUGUGAGGGGCUAAUGGUAAAAACAUUGGAAGUGGAUGCCACAUAUGAAAUUGCAAAGAGAUCCCACAACUGGCUGAAGCUGAAAAAAGAUUAUCUGGAUGGUGUGGGGGACACUCUGGACCUUGUGGUGAUUGGCGCCUACUUGGGGAAGGGAAAGCGUGCAGGCGCCUAUGGCGGCUUCCUCCUGGCUUGUUAUGAUGAUGAAAGCGAGGAGUUCCAGAGCAUCUGCAAGAUUGGCACUGGAUUUACAGAUGAGGACCUCGAGAAACUUCAUACCUCUCUUAAGGACCAUGUGAUCCCACAGCCACGGCCAUAUUACCGCUGGGGUGGCACAGCGGAGCCUGACCACUGGCUGGAGGCACAGCAUGUCUGGGAAGUGAAGUGUGCUGACUUGUCCAUUUCUCCCGUCCACAGAGCAGCAGUUGGAUUGGUGGAUGAAGAGAAGGGCAUCUCGCUGCGCUUCCCCAGAUUCCUACGCCUCCGAGAUGAUAAGAAACCAGAGGAAGCCACUAGCAGCGCUCAGGUUGCUGAGCUGUACCGGAAACAGCAACAGAUCCAGAAUCAGCAGUCAGUGGAAAAUGGAAACGAUGAUUUCUACUAGUGUUUCUGUUUGUCUUCUUAAUGUGUUGUUGGUUUCUCCUGGACUGAACAUAGAAUUUUCCUGGUCUCUGAAAGAUGCUCUUAUGAAUCUCCUCAGUCAUUUUGUGGAGGGAGUGUAUACUGAAUCUAGUUCUGCUUUAAUAAACUUUGUGAAAGUAACAGAAGUGUUA